GAACCCGAGUCGACAUGCAAGUGUAGUCUCUGGCACACCCCGUUCGGAUGAACCGAUGCAUCAAUAUGCCUAACUGUGCGUUGUCCAUUUCUGACCGACGUAUGCGAACCGCAAGUCUCCGUACUCAUUCAAAGUGAUCACGACAGGUUUAUCUUUAUGUUACGUGUGGAAAUAGUUCUUGCAACUUUUUGAGCCUCAAAGUUUUAUUUUGACGUCUCACUCUGAGUCUGACCCUUGCGCGUUUGAAGUGGUCUUUUUCUUUUUCCAAAAAAUGUUGGUCCGCACUACAUCGUGAGGUCGACCGAUGUCGCGAUCCGUCGUACACCGUACCACAGGGCAGCACGGCGGUAGCAGUGGAUCCUCGGCGGCGGGUUUAUUUCGCGGCAACCAUCAUGCAUCAUCCGAUCAAGUACGCGGCCUACAUGACUUUUUUGAACCUCGAGACCUGUUUGGGGCGAGCCACAGCCACGCCGCGGCGAGGGAAAGUCGCGAGGUUCAGGACGAGCCUCAAGACCAGAUCCAGGCAAAGACAACAUCGACAUCUUUCACCACAUACGGACCGGCGCCGUUGCUGCGGGCCACGACAGGGGAGAAGCUGGAGCUGCAGGAGGCGGGAUGCGAGCUGCUGCGCCUUCUCGACGAUGCCGCGGCUGCGAACAAAAGUGAGGACAACGAGGUGCAGGUGGUGUUUGCGAUCGGCGGCUCGCGCGUCGGCAAAUCCAGCGUGGGCAACGCCGUGCUAGGAUUCGAGAAAGAUCGAGGUUUCCGCGUCGGCCACGGGUUCCAGCACGUAACUGUCGGCGUUGACGUUGCCGCGCGUGUGGAACGCAUCUUCGAGGUGGAACAUAAAAAUCGACAUGAUCUGUAUCGUCAGGACCACGAUCAUUUAUUACCGUCAAAAACCAGGACGCUGAUCUACUGUGACUGCGAAGGGUCCUUCCAUCCGACCGGAUCCCCGGGGAACUAUGCUGAAUAUGGGUUGCUGGAACUCGUUGCGUACUGCACUGGGGACUGGCUGCUGCCCAUCACGAUGGGCAACCUGGACGAGCGGGACUUGGAGAAUCUAAGCUUCUUGGCCAAUACCGCCCGGCAGUUCGUCAAGUUCAGCACAAACGCGAAGCGGCCGCGCUUGCUGGUGGCCGUGAACGCGCCUCGCUUUCCCGAGCUGGAAGAGGACGUGGCCGGUGUCUUGGCACCCCUGUUCGGCGGCGUUGCGGACGAAAUCUUGACGAAGAGUCCGCGACGGCUGUCGCGCGCAACCAUUCGCGGGGAAUUCGCGGACCCGCUCGAGUUUUGUUCUCUACCCAGAAUUGAGGUUCCGUCAGAAGUAGAGCAGGGUUUUCAACAGAAGCGAUCCCUGAUCGACCGAUGCGAGGAAGUGUUCCGGGAGAAAUAUGCCUGUUUACGACAGCAGUUAUUUGUCGAGAAGCAGGAGGACCACAACAAGCUCGGAAGUAGGAACCCGAACAACCGCACGGCUGCCAAUAAAUCAGUUCCUAGAGGCACGAAAUGGCGCAGCGGCGCUGAGGUGGCCUUAUUUCUCGAGCAGGUCGUGCGCGACAUCAACGAUAAAAGCUCCGGGCGGAUCCGCCCGGAGGGAGCGGCGGACCGCGUUUGCAAGGAGCUGCACCUCGAGCCGCUGGUGGAACGGCUCCUCGCCGAAUACGUUGCGGAGCUGCAGCAGUGCGCGGAGCAGGACGGCGGGCCGAACGCGCUCCGCCAGGCCCGCGUGACGCAAGAGAAAAUGGUUUUGUUCGACAAAACGGUGGCGGAUUUCACGGCCACUUCCGGGCUGAAAGCCAGCGUGCGCAGUAGGCUCACACGCGAGUUGCGCAAGGCAGCUGAGAUGGUCGCAGCCAGCUACGUGGCCGCGGCACGAGAACCCUGCAGCCCUAGCGGAUCUACUGGAAAGGACACUGCGGCCCUGAGGACCGCGACCAAGUUUGGUGGGUCGUCCAGUUUUGCCACCAGGCGAGAGCGGGCCGCUUCAGAGCAGGCGCCCUUUGGUGCGACCUGUGGGUCGUGGCUGCCGGAUGCGUCAAAAUCGUCCAGCAGCUACGAAGACAGAGGGGGGCGCCCGCCUAGGGGACAAGAUUAUACCACGGAGGCUGGUGCAGGUCCAGGGUCAAAAUCCUCGAAUGCGUCGUCCGGAAACUACGCGGGCAGCAGCAAGGCCUCGACCCGAGCGAGUCCUCGCCGGAGCAAGAUAUCAAAUGUAAAAGUGUCUGGGUCGGGAAGAGUCAUGCUGUUUUUGCAUGACACAGAAGGUCUGGCAUGGAAGCUCUAGCAUCACAGGUUUCGAGAACCUUCCGCAAUGCCGAAUCCGCAUGACAAGUCCCCUAUUUCGCUGACAAAAAAAGGGAGCUUUUGCUACGUAUGCAUGAGAGACUUUUCUGUGUUCUGAAAUACGCAUUACAAGUUGCAUUCUUCCAGACACAGACAUUUUUGCAUUUGAUACAAGAGCACCGGGAACUACGCGGAGGCGAAGGCGCAAAAGCCGUAUCAAAUGCAAAAAUGUCUCGGUCUGGAAGAUUGCAACUUGUCAUGCUGUUUUUGGACUCUAACAAAAUUUGUAUUGCGUGACCAGCAAGAGAGGCGCCGUUUGUGCUACACGGACAGGGCAUUUCUCAUUCGGAAGGUGCAUCAGGAAGCCCUCUAAAAGUCUGCGAUGCUAGGUCAUGCAUUACAGGCAUCGUGGGUCAUGAGAAAAAUGCAUCACAAAUUUUACAUUAUUCCAGACCCAGACAUUUUUGCAUUUGAUAAGCCGCUUGCCGAAGCGACGGCGCGCAUCGUCGCGGAAGUGGAGCGGCUGGAAACCAGAGUGAACAAAGUAACUGCGGUACAAGAAGAGGAGCUGCGAAAUUUGGUAAAUGAGGUGCAGCAAGUGGUCGCGCGGUACCAGCUGCUCCCCAAGAUGAACCUUGCCGAAAGGGUCGAGCGGCUGGCAAAUCGUCUCGGUAGUUUGAUGUGGUGUGAUGUUGAUUCUUUAUCAUUCGUCGGUAUGUUUGCUAGUCACGGCCGUCGCGAUCAAAAACAUCAAAUGGUGCUCUACAGAUUAC